UCUCAUUACGACUACACGUAAUAAUCGCUCUUUGGAAAAUCCGUAUUUAUUUUCCUGUUUGACAUCUUUUCCAUCGUGACCAUUGCUCUUUGGAAUAUAAUAAUUAAUCAUUUAGAUUGACAAUGGGGAAAACUUAUAAAAAAGAUAUGGGAAAAGCACAGGGUAACCGUACCAGUCGUUCCGCACGCAAAGAGAAACCCAAGUCAAAAUGCAGGGGUGAAAAGAAAAAAGCGACAUUCAAAUCCGAUGCUUUUCUGAAGAAAUCAAGGUCUGGAGUAAGCACGAAAGAUGAAUUAAGACGCUGUUUACAAACAAAAAAAGUCAAAUCAUUUGAGAGAAUUCGGCGCGGGGGUGGAGUGGCCGCGUCAGAGAAAAAAAAAGAGUAUGCGCAACCAGAUAGAGCAAGGUCGGGAACACAGCCUGAGCCAGCUGACGUUUUACCGGGCGGAGUUAAUCCUCCCUCGGAGAUACUGCCGAAACCGAACUUAGAUACAUUGUUAUUCGGUUUUCGGUCAAGCCGUUUCACAACUCACUAAUUUAUCCAGAAAGAACUUUAUUAGGAAUGUGUAAAAGUGAAAAAAACAACAUCAUAUAUAUCAGUUUCUGAUUUGACUUUCUGCAAAAUAAUUUACAAUACAGGUUUGUCAGACAUUUGUGUAUACACUGUAUGCGUUUAUUUCCAUGUACAAACAUAUUGACAUAUUUUAUUUCAUAAGUUUUAUGAGUAUUUAUCGCUGUACAAUGAAUAAGUCGGAAAUAAACUGUAUGCUAAAAGGACACUGAAAA